AUGGCAAUCAUUAUUGUUGUGAUCGAUUGGAUUUGUAUUAUAUUAUUUGUAUUGGGUUUUAUUGGUAAUCUUCUUGGUUUAAUAGUUUUUUCAUCACGUCGUUUUCGUUGUUGUCCAACGUAUGCUACAUUAGCAUUAACAUCAUUUACAAUCAAUUUAAUAUGUAUUGUACGUUAUUCAUUAGUUAUACAUUCAACAACACGACGUUGGUUAUCUGAUUAUAUUGUUAGUGUACAUUGGUUAACAUGUAAAAUAUAUCGUUUAUCAUCUUCAUUUCGUGUUCUAUCUGCAUGGAUAACAGUUUUUUGGGUUAUUGAAAGAUUUGUUUAUGUAUCAUCACGUUUAAAUUUAUUAUUUAAUUGUCGUGAAAAAUAUCAAAAAUUUGAUAAAUAUAAAUAUUUUUCAAUGAUAUGUAUAUCAUUAAUUAUGAUUAUGAUUGUUACAGGACCAACUGUUAUAUUUUAUGCACCAAAUUUAGCUAGGAUUAAUGAAACACAUUAUUCAAUACAAUGUAUAUUUAAUAUGGAUUAUACAUCAUUAAAAUGGAAACAUUAUUUUAGUGAUUUAAAAUUUGGUUUUAAUUAUCAUACAAUACGAUUUUUAUUAUCAGAAAUAAUUCCAUCAAUAUUUGUUGCAUUAUUUAAUAUUGGUAUAAUUAUAUGUAUUUUUCGAACAACAUCACAUGUUAGAAAACGACAAGAAUAUCAUCAUAAUAAUCAAUUAUCUAUGUCAAUGGUAACUGGUAUGUCAUCAAAAUUAACACCAUUACAAAUAUAUGAUGGAAAUCAUCAACGAUUUGGUUCAAUCAAACGUUGUUCAUUUAGAAAAUCAGCAAUACCGAUAACAAGUGUACCAUUUGGUAAAAUGUCAUGGAUGAAUAUUGUUUUAAUAUUACAUUCAUUAUUAUUUUUUCUAUCAUCAAGUUUAACAUCAUUAGUUUAUUUUUCAACAUCAGAUUUAAUACUUGCUUUUUGGAUGAGUGUUAUUAUAUUAGCUAAUUGUUCAUUAAAUUUUUAUGUUUAUUGUCUAAGUGGAAGACAAUUUCGUAUAGAAUUAAAACGUAUUGCUAAACGUUAUAUAAGAAAUUUACAUAAAACAAUUGUACGUUGUUGUACUAAACAUAAGAAUCGUCGUCAUUCAACUAUACAAAAUGGUAAAGAUCUUAUUUAUCAAACAGUUCUACAACAACAAGAAAUUCCUAUAAUACAUCCAUCACGACACAAUCGAAUUAGAGAACGUAUCAAAUGA